AUGGCAAAUAAUGAAUAUAUUAAAUUUAAUAAUGAUUUAAAUUUAAAUUUUAAAUCACGUCGGUCAGUCGUAUAUGGUACACAUUGUAUCGUUUCAUCAUCACAACCUUUAGCAUGUCAAGCUGGCCUAGAAAUCUUACGUAAAGGUGGUAAUGCAGCUGAUGCAGCUGUUGCGACAGCAGCUACUCUUAAUGUCACUGAACCCUGUUCAUGUGGUAUUGGUGGCGAUUGUUUUGUUUUAUAUUAUAAUAAUCAAACAAAAAAAAUUUCAUCUUUAAAUGGAAGUGGUCGAAGUCCAAAAAAUUUAACAUUAGAUAAACUUCGACAAAUGGGAAUAAGAGAAAAACACAUCCCAUUCAAUAAUUUAAAUGCAGUUACAGUUCCAGGUGCUGUUGAUGCUUUUAUUGAGACAAUUAAAUUAUUUGGUUCAGGAAAUCUAACGUUAAAUGAAAUCUUUAAUCCUGCUAUUCGUUUAGCUGAAGAAGGUUAUCCAGUUUCAGAAAUAACUGCUCAUAGUUGGGCCUUGUCAGAACAAUCAAUUAAACAAGCAUCGGAUAAUGGAAAUGAUAUGCUUAGAAAUGGAAAAGCACCAAAAGCUGGUCAAAUAAUGACAAUGCCUAAACUUGCUAAAACAUUACGAGAAAUAGCUGAUAAAGGUCGAGAUGGAUUUUAUAAAGGUCCGAUAGCUGAAGCUAUUGUAGAAUUAAUACAAAGUAAAGGUGGUUUAAUGACACUUGAAGAUUUAUCCGAACAUCGAUCAACACCUGUUGAACCGAUUAGUAUUUCAUAUAGUUUAAAUAAUAAUCAGCGUAUUCGAAUAUGGGAAUGUCCGCCAAAUGGACAAGGUCUUGUUGCACUUAUGGCUAUUGGAAUAUUAGAACAAAUUCAAAAACAAAAUAAAAUUCCUUCAUUAGAAAAUGUUGAACAUAAUUCAGCUGAAUAUCUUCAUAUUUUAAUUGAAUCUCUUCGUUUAGCAUUUUCUGAUGGAAGUUAUUUUGUUUCUGAUCCAGAUUUUGAACAUGUUCCUGUUCAAGAAUUAUUAUCAUCAACUUAUUUAGCUAAUCGUGCUGAAAAUUUUAAUCCAAUAUCUAUUAAUAAAAAUUUACAACAUGGUAAACCAGUAAAUUCAUCUGAUACUGUCUAUUUUGCUGUAACAGAUUCACAAGGAAAUGCGUGUUCAUUUAUUUUUUCAAAUUAUACAGGAUUUGGCACAGCAGCUAUACCAAAUAAUUGUGGAUUUACGUUACAUAGUCGUGGAAGUAAUUUUAUUUUAGAAGAAGGUCAUCCAAAUUGUAUUCAACCUGGUAAAAGACCAUAUCAUACAAUUAUUCCUUCGAUGAUUACUAAUGAAAAUGGUGAUUUAUUAGCUUGUUAUGGUGUCAUGGGAGGAUUUAUGCAACCACAAGGUCAUUUGCAAGUGUUGAUGAAUAUGGUUCGUUACCAUAUGAAUGUUCAAGCUGCACUCGAUGCUCCUCGGUUUUGUAUUGAUGCACCGUAUGGCAAUAGUACAGAUGACAAUAUUCCAAGUGAAGUUCUUUUAGAAGAUGGCAUUUCGGAAGAAGUUAUUGAAAAACUUAAAUCAUAUGGGCAUCAUGUAAGAUUAGUUAAAGGAGUUCAUCGGUCAAUAUUUGGUCGGGGUCAAAUUAUUGCUAAACUAGACAAUGAUGAAAAUCAAUUAGUUUGGGCAGCCGGUUCUGAUCCAAGAGCAGAUGGGCAUGCUACUGGUUAUUAA